AUGGCUACUCAACUCAAUGACCCCUCCAUCACAUUUAAGGCCUGGGGAUGGAGUGAAAACUGCACCCUUCUUCUUGAUCAACUCGUCAAUAGGACAAUCUCUGAGGCUUUUUUCCUUGAGGCGUGUAAACCUCAUGCAGACAUCGACGCUGGAACAGUUGUCCUCGCAAUCCUCCUUACACUUCUCCUUCUAGGAACGGCGGGAGGAAAUAUUUUGGUCAUUAUAGCUAUCUUGAUUGUGAAAAAACUCCGGUCACCCACAAACCUGCUCAUUGUCAACCUCGCAGUGACGGACUUUCUUGUCAGCAUACUAGUCUUGCCGUUCGCAAUCGCCUACCAAAUUUUAGGCUACUGGCCAUUUAAUCAGAUCAUCUGUAAUCUCUACAAUAUCUCAGAUGUCCUUCUAUGCACCCUAUCGAUUCUGAGCCUUUGCACAAUUUCCAUUGACCGUUAUCUUGCCAUUACGAAACCUCUUCAAUACGCUGCUAAGAGGACGCCUAAACGGAUGCUGCUAAUGAUUUGUAUCUCGUGGUUACUAUCCGCCGCAAUUAGCAUUCCACCCGUAUUUGGAUGGGAGCAAAAAAAUAGUCCAUUCUAUUGCGGCUACAGUGAAGAAUUAACCUACCAAAUCUAUGCAACAAUGACGGCUUUUUAUAUUCCCCUUACAGUCAUGGUUAUCCUCUAUGGAAAGAUUUUGGUACUUGCCAAGCAAAUGGCCCUUACGAAUGCACAGGUCGCUCGCGAAAGCAGCACUGAGAUGCAGGCAAGAACAUCAUCGAUUCCUGCGUACGCUGACUGGAACAGGAAUUCUCUCUAUCCCACUAGAGAAAGCUACACAUCUCAAAAGGUGUACACUGAGGCAAAUGAUAACUGGCAACAGAUACUGGAGCCUAAUAAUACUGAUUUCAAAUCCCGACAAAGCGUUGUCAGUUUUAAGUCCCCUCCUGCGAUAAGGCCACCGGGAAGAUGCCAAGAUGUGCGAGGAAAAUUUUGCUGUCUGUUUGCGUCGUCUCAUAGAGCCUCGACGGAAAUUACCAAUAACGGCAAGUCUUUAGAACAGACGGCCAGCCUUAGCGGUCCUACCAGACCCCCAUUAUCUUUGCUCCGCAGAAAGAGGAGACGCUCGCCCUCCGACCAAGGCAAGGGGGAAACGCAUAAAGCAGUCACCACACUCGGAGUUAUCAUGGGAUGCUUUACCGUCUGCUGGUUACCGUUUUUUGUGUCACAGCUCAUCACUCCUAUCAUCAAUUGCUUUACAAAGCAAAAGUUCUCUAUUCCUCCGACCCUCUUUCAGGUGUUUGUUUGGCUCGGUAAGGAGGCAACCAAAUCAGUCACAAAGUACGGGGCUGUCCACUAUCGACAUCUGGUGGGCAGACAUGUCGAAGUUGAGGAACUUGCUUCUCUUUCCAUCCAGUCCUCGGAAAUUUCGUCCGAAAUCCAGAGGCUAUUUCUUGUUCUGCUUUGCAUUUCAGGGUAUUGCAACAGCUUUCUAAAUCCGUUGAUAUACGCACUGUUCAACCGAGAGUUUCGUUUGCCCUUCAUCUACAUUCUUCGAUUCCAAUGCUACAGCAUAAAUACUCGGCUUCGAACUGAAACAUUUUCACAUCAGUUCGAUCUGCCCAGAAAAUCAGGACUAAGCUACCGUAACUCCCUCGCUCGUGGAAGCUCCAGCAGUUGUAAUCGACGCCAGCAGCGACGCAAACUACGAGGUCUCAGUCCCUUGGCAAAUGUCUCUCCACACGCAACAAUAAACGCAGCUGGCCACACCAAGGCUCCUAGUUCGGAACACAACGUGUUCGUUUCACAUCUGAGCUCGGAGCAUGAUGAAGUACUCCAAACCCCACACUCUCUCUUCGACCAGCCUAGCCGGUUCUCUAUCCCAACGUCAUUGUUCACUGCUUCGGAAGUUUUGGCCAAUCCCAGUGGCAACGACCUCCUUGAAAACACACUCCGAAUAUGCCCUCUGCCUAACUGCAGUCAGGAGAGUGACGUGGGAAUUCGAAGUGAUAGGAUAUACGACACGCACAUACCCUAUCUGAAUGUGCAGUUUCAGCGACGUCCGCGUAGCAGCCCCUCAAGUGCACCACCGAAUUUGACUACCUUCGAAAACAGCCUGCACACGUGGACCGGAGUUAGUGACUACCAACCGAAGUCGCAAACGUGCGAGCGACGUCGAAGACAGUCAGAUGCUGCAGUCUCCCCUCUUAUGAGAAAUAAGUUCCAAAAAAAACCACGGUUAAUUGAAUGGGAAUGA